CUCGUAACAUGGCUUGUGCGGUAGAUCAUGUGAAUCAUGUAUCCGUUAGACGGCGUCUAAUAGACGUUAAUGAAGUUCGUCGUUACUAGUGUCGCCGUCGAUGUACUCAAUUAUGCCAGAUCUGGCCACAUUGCAUGCAACGUCUAUUCUAUAUCUUGUCUAUGGUUGAACUAAUUAAACGUUGUAAUCAAUAUCUCGGUCGGUAAUGAAUUCGUACAUUUUCAGUUGAAGCACAACACUUGACAUUCUCACUGUUCUUGUAACCUAAAAUAGAAGUAUGCAUGCGAUAUAGAAAAUAUCUAAAUUGCACGAUGCUUUGCGUUUAAUGCAAUAAAACGUAGGAAUUCCCUAAAGAGCAAUAAUCUGGGUGCUCUCCAAUUCCAAUUAUAAUGCUUCUACACAUAAUAUUCGGAUUUCGAACGUUAUUGGCAAUACAAUAGGGCAUAGGGUAAGCUGAAGGAUACCAACGGUGAUAAAGUAAUCGAUAAAAUUAGUAGUUAGCAUCAUUAUGAUGAAAUUUACAUGCCGUAUUAUCGAGUUUUUUGCACAAAGUAACAUUCUAUCGAAUAUUGUUCUGCGUACAUUUGUAGAAUUCGUACGAUAAAUCUGUUAUUUUGCGUAGAGUGAAGAUAAAGGAACGGGGAAUGCACAGUUUUCAAGAUGUGACUGUAAACAAAUGUCAAUUCAGCAUAUUGCGAAGAAAUAUAAGUUACAGGCCACGCUAAAAUGAAUGAUACAGUGUGUUUUAAUAUAUGUUUGCUAAACUGAAGCUUUUACGCAUUAAUAUCAUAAAUAACAAUCUACAGGAUUGGUGGUUAAAUGAGUUGGAAACAUUAAUUCGCGAUAAUAUUCACCGUGUCUGUUGACAAAAAGUAUCACAAUGCCUGGCAAAAUAAAAGUUAAAGUACUAGCAGGGCGUAAUUUACCAGUAAUGGAUCGUUCUGGCGAUACGACCGAUGCAUAUGUAGAAUUGAAGUUUGGCAAUAUAACGUUUAAAACGGAUGUGUGCAGAAAAUCACUGAACCCUCAGUGGAACUCGGAAUGGUAUAGGUUCGAAGUCGAUGAUUCUGAACUGCAAGACGAACCAUUACAAAUUAGGUUGAUGGACCAUGACACAUAUUCUGCAAAUGAUGCCAUAGGCAAAGUUUACAUAAACUUAAAUCCAUUGUUAUUACCUGGAGUCCCUCCUACCGUUAAAAACAUUUGGACGCUGGAGGCAGCUAUGAAUACAAAUACUGGUUCACAGACUGGUUCAGUCAUGACCGGAUGGAUCCCAGUGUAUGACACCAUGCACGGUAUUCGCGGCGAAGUUAAUAUCAUAGUCAAAGUAGAAUUGUUUUCUGAUUUUAACAAGUUCAGACAAUCCUCGUGCGGAGUACAAUUUUUUUACUCACCGAAUAUACCUCAUGGGUACCAUACUCAGAGCAUACACGGUUUUGUAGAAGAACUAGUUGUUAGUGACGAUCCUGAAUACAAAUGGAUCGAUAAAAUAAGAACACCCAGAGCCUCGAACGAGGCGCGUCAAACGUUAUUUUUUAAACUUAGCGGAGAAGUGCAAAGGAAAAUUGGGUUGAAAGCAUUGGACCUUGGUGGAAACGCCGUUAUCGGAUAUUUACAAAAUUUUGAUCUGGAAGGUGAAUCUGGUAUCGUGGCUCGAGGUAUAGGUACUGCAGUUACUCUUGUAAAGUUACAGGACACGUUAAACUUGCCAUCCGACAAUAUUGAAGAGGCAUUCUUUUCACAACACAAAGCACAAAAGGAACGUACAGGACUCGAUGAGAGUAUGCCGGUAUAUCCCGUUACUCCCACGCGUAUCCCCGAUCCUUUUAUGACAAAUACGAGAGUCAUGCACAUAAAAGACAAUUUUCCACGUCGUUUAAAGUCUUCAAGAAGCCCUAAACGUAACGUGAAAACGAGCGAACAUUCCUGCGACGAAUCGGACGGUACAAAAGCCAUCGAAAUUGUACCGAGGACGAGCAGCUUGAAUAAGUCUCCGAUCUCUUCCGCGAGUUUGUCCGAAUCGGUAGUUCAGGACGCGUCUAUAAGAAUGAUGUUGGCGUUGGAGGACGAAAGGGGCGAGGGCAACAAAGGUAUAUUGGACGUACGUAUGAAAAAUAUAAAAAAGUUGUUCGGUUCGAGCGACACGGAAAUAAAAAUGACCAGUUCACGCUCGAGCAUGUCUACCAAAUCGACUAGGUCUUCUAUCGUGAGUUUACGUAUUCCAAGGAGGAAGAGCGCGUCGAAGAAUUAUAAAGUUACAGAAGGUAUAGCUGCUCUUUUGAUCAAAUCUCUGCACAGCAUACCUUUGGAGAAUGUCAAUGAGAGUCGCGAGUCCCCAACAUCGAUUUCGCCGUCUAGUAACUUAAACGAUGAUUUUGAACGUUUUGAACAUCAAAAUGUUAAUAGUCAGGACAAUCAGGAAAGUCAGUGGAGAGGAGAACAAGUCGAUCGCGACGAUGAGACUCGUGUUGCAAAAGCGCAACCAAAGAAACGGUACGAUUCCUCGUUCGAAGAGAACACACCCAGUUCUAAUGGCGUUUCGGACGACUCUUCGAUAAAUAGCGCCAAUUACGAUAUCCUGCGCGAUUCGAAGUUUCCGAGCGAUGUUGCGUUACACGUGAACAGUAAAUUUGCAAGAAUAAUUGUCAGGGCUAACAGUUUCCCUCCAUUGAAAAUGAGGUCGUCGCGAAUAAAAUUGCAAAGGACGGAUACAGAAACGCGACCCCUUCACGAGGAAAGCACGCAUCUGCUCGUUAAAUAUUUAUCCAUGAGUGAAAUAUCGUCUUAUUUUAGGUACACUAUAGACUCGCAAAUUCAUUCAAUGAAGAACUCAUGCUCCACGAUUGACAAAGCAGGAGAAAGGGAGGAGAUUAUAGAAACGAUGACUGAAAAUGUUGCUUCCGAGAUAGUCGAACCGUCGUCAGAAUUUGGUAAAAGCAUUGAUGGUGGUGUGCAAAGCGAACGAAAAUAUUCGCAAGAUUUCAGAGAACCUCUCGCGACGAGCACACCGGUAGACAUUCGUCUUCCUUUCUUCGUGGAUGUUCAAGAAGAGCCGUCCAAACAACGCAAUGAAAUUCGUCUGAUAGAAGACAAUAUGGAUAACGUAAACGACGAUGUGUCUUCUGCCGAUGGAUCUGUAUUAUCUGUUUCUCCGUACAUACUAUUGCAAAAUACAAGCGACACGGAAAGAAAAGAUAAUAAUGGAAUGCUCGAACAGAUAUACAAAGAAGAAGGGUUUCCUUCCCUGCUGGAAGAGAGGAGUGUUCCUCUUACAGAUACUUUUGAGAACAAAGAACGCUUCGACAAAUUAGAAGAGCACAAUGUGCUAAAGUUUUCCGCGUCGACGCAUUCGUUGCCGUCGUUGGAGCAAUUUCAAUUUCACGCGUCCGCGGAAUCCAAUAUACGAGAGGACGUGGACCACAAAGUAACCACAGAGUCGAAAACUUCGUCCAGUAUCGAAAGUUUAAUACAGUCUUCGUGCAACGACUUGCACGACACGACGCAUAAAAAUAGACAACGACGCAUGCUGGAUUUGAUUAGAAUAAUCGAUACAAAGAUGAUGGAACAUCCGGAAGGUUCUACGGAAGUCAAUGGUCGGUACAGAAGGAAAAAAAUGUACAGAAACGUUAACCCUAAGAACCUGCACAAAAAUCUACACAAUCGGUUCCUAAGGAGACGUCUACAAAGUUUCAGACGUACAGAAGUCAUAAACGAAUCCAUGCCUGACACAUCCUCCUAUAAUUCCUCUCUCGAGAGUAUAAUCACUAGCGAUAUGUUAAUUAAAUCACGCUUACGUAGAACAGCCGAGUCAUUUCGUUCAAAGCGAAGCUUCCCCAUUAAAAGAUCCGCGUACGAUUCAAUGUCCCGUGAAGCCACUGCCAAGGAAUUAACUGUAGAUAGCCAGAGCAGCGAUUCGAUUAGAGAUAAUGUUAGCUUAGAAAUGAAGGAACUAAAGCCAACGGAUACUAACCCUUCGAUAUCAUCCACCUCCCUAGAUCCUGCAGUGCAUAAGAGUCAUAGCAUUUGUAAUAUAAGAGAGGUAUCGAAUAAUGAUGAAUUUACUAAUAUUACUAACACUGCUAAUAUUACUUACAACUCGUGUGUGCCCCAUCCUUCUCCCGAUCACAGGCAACAGGACGAGGCAUCUUUAAGUCCGUCUUAUCCACUUCCGGCUGUUCCUUCCGUGGUCUCAAAAGUAUGUCAGUUACCAACGACCAAGGUACAACCCACUGUGUCGUUGCAUCGAAGGUCCAGCGAUUCUGACUUGAGCAUUACCCCGAAAGGUAAUUCUCUGGGAACUAAUGAUAGGUCGAUGACUGGAUUCUUGAAGACGUCGACCGCUGUGAUAAGAACCAUGAAUCAGGAUGCAUUUGAUAUGUUAGAAUAUCCGUUUAUCACUAUGCAACACUAUCCGGCAGGAUUCAUUUUACACAUCGGUGGCCUUGUAAGUUCAAGAUCGGUCAAGUUGUUAGAAAGAAUUAGUAACUUGGAAGAACCUGAGAGUCGCGAUGCUUGGUGGAAAGAAGUCAGGAUGGAAGUACGAUCGCACGCGAGGGCAUUGGCGUGUAAUGUAGUCAUUGGUUAUAAAGAAGAAACUAGUAUUUGCGACGAUGUUUGCGUGUUGAACGCGUACGGUACAGCGGCGGUGAUUAAUCUGUACAAUCCGAGUCAAGACACGGACAACGUCUUCAUCGGUAAAGGACAAUCGGGUACGGUCGUGAACCCAGCAGAGGUGGAACGCGAUAAAACUCAACAGAAACCGAUACCCGUGAAAGCGGAGAAGAGCGAAACAGAUACGUUCGUGCCAGCUACGGCUCAUCAAAUCGGCAAAACGAGGCACAUGUCGGAGAGCAAGGAUCACGAGGUUCAGUUUCAAUGCAAAUGCAGUCUUUGUCACUUGCCGUACAACGACGUGAGCGUUCCGUUCCGCGUGAACGUUUCGAAAUGCGCUAUAUGCAAGCGCGCCAGGGUACCGGACGUGAUGUUCACCACCAUAGAGCUACCGGAGAACGUGUUAAUGACGGGACGAGGAUGUAUCAUACAAGCGACUGCGUGCAAGACCAAGAAAGACCUACGCGGGGAACUGAACGCCAAGGAGAUAUCGGACUGCUUACCAUUCCUAGAGUACGAGUUACAUAGUUUGCUUUUAAACAAAUUGAAGGUCAAAGGGAUGAAUGCGAUAUUUGGCUUGAAGCUACAGGUCUCUGUCGGGGAGCGAUUGAUCAUUGGCAUGGCCGUGGGCACCGCUGUCUUUUUAACCGCGUUGCCCGCCCCCUCGAUACCGCAAAUCGCGUCCGGGAACUCUUGGCCCAAAGAGGAGCAAUUAGCGAAGAUUCAAAAGACUCUGGUCGAGACUGUCAAAAAGAACAGAGAGUUCUAUCGUCUGAAGCCGGUUGGCGACGUUGAGAAUGGACGAGUCACAACUUCGGACACCGACGAGUCGGACGAAGAUCUGCCAGAUUUAGAUUUUAAUGUUGGCACCAGAGACGCCUGCGUGUUGGAGGUAGAUGACAUCGAGGACAUGGACAGAAUAUCGUUACUGAUGGACGACAGACCCCCGGACGAUUUCCACGUAGUAAAUACGCAAAUUAUUCCCGGUCUCGACGAAUUGGAAAUCGUAAGGAAUUUGCAGAUGUUCACGCAAAUUUCGAGGACAAAAAUACCUGCUGGACAGGUCGCUUCUAUGCCCUCGAAAUAUUUCGCCAAGUUACUUCAGUCGGUGUACUUCAAGCUGAGGAGAAUGAUACCCUGUGCACUUUGUGAUAUGCAGUUUAAAUUGGCACUUCCUGAACCAGACGAGAUACAAUUCACGGUAAUCGGCAUGGCUCUUGGACUCGGAGAUCCCGUAAAAAUGAACAAAUGUAAAAAGAAGGUAAUCAGCCAUUCCAUGAGCAAGGAUCAGGUCAAGAAAAUAGACGAUAGCGAUAUGAUAUUCAACCUUGACGUGGACCACGGUGAAAUUUCGUCGGAUAAUGCAUCCAGUAUUAUCACGGUGAACUCCUCCACUCUUAUUAACACACCGGGAUUGAAAUCCAGAACCCGUUCGCCGUUACGGACCAAGAUUCAUGCAGCGCAUAAACACAAACACGUGCCUUUAAAAGGAAGAUACGGUGUGGAUAUAACGCCUCUAUCUUAUUUGCCAGGCGGUCGCAUCGAGAGGUACUUAGGGAACUUAAAUUUCUUCUUCAUUCGCGAAAGCACGUCUAUCAGAGAGAACGGCGGUUUGAGCGGGUUUACGCACAGUUUUGUGAUGGAGGUAUUGGCGAUCGUUCGUGCGCACAUUACGGCCCUGGGUGGCAACGCAAUGGUGGCAUUUUUCAUGACCAAGUGCGUGCUUCUUCACAGCCCCCAUAAAAAUCAGGGUCAGUGUCUGAUAAAUGUCGGCGGGGACGUGGUGUCUGUGUCGUAUUUCGCUAACGAGAAGCACUGCGGAACUACAAAUUGCUGACCCCAGCCUCCACAUUCUGCACCGCCAUAGCUGCAAUUGCACGCCGAGAAUCAACGUCGGAAAUUCGAUUUCUCGGCAAACGUCGUAAAACGUUUUGGACGAACCGUGACUCAUUACCCUGUGAUAGGAUAGGGCUUGUAAAUAAUCGAAUUUUUUUAGCAUAAGUACCGUAACGUCUGAUAAAGCUCACGUAUGUUGAAUACGUAAAUUUAGUAAAAUGGCUUCGCGUAACGAUAAUCGAUCCAUCGUAUCGCGUGACGCACAUAUUUCGAGGAACCGGUUCUAGGGACACGUUUAAAGCGUUUUAAAACAGCUUUGAUGAUUAGGUGCCUUCAGAAUUGCCCAUAACGUUUCCGGACAAUUUUUUUCCAUCCAACGAUAUAACCGUUGUUGCAUGCCAUUGUUGUUACAGACGAACCGUGUGAUUCAGGCAUCCGAUUGUAGCUCAAUUUUUUCUUUUAUCCGCAAUAUCGAAUGAAUAUAGUUGCCCCUUUGAAGCGUUACGUCGAAUUUUGAGAAUUUUGUUCAGGAUGUUGCAAUAAAAGUUUUAAGUUGCGGAGGCGUAUGUGUUCGAAUAAUUAUUUUCGAUAUCUCCUCGAGGGACGAAGUUUCGUUGCGAAAAAUUUGCUGAAAUGUAACAAAUUGAUGUUGAUUUCCUUUGAAGCGUGACGACAAUUAGUGUUAAUGGCCUGUGAAAAACGUAAUCUGUCGGUAAAUAUCCAAGACUCUAACGGAUCGAAUCGUUUCUAAUUCUGUAGAUACUAGGGUAACGAAAAGCUACAGAAGCAAUCUGAAAAUAGAGAAUAAAAUCAAAUUUCGCGAUCACUACUUUUUCAGAUUGUCGAAUAUGUUUUUCGUAUUGAAAUUACACGACGCUGUACAUUGCGAAAGUAUUGGAUAGAGUACAGUUUUCGAGAUACAUUGUAUAUUGGAUUGUUAUGCGUGCAUGUUUGAUCUUUUACAUUCUGUUGUUUGUUGUUAUAAACUUAGUGAUCGUCAUGCGAGAACUAAACUGCGUCGUGAAUGUGCAUUGUAAAACGAGUUUGCGUUUUAUUUUUACACGAUCGUUAUUCUUUCUCCGUUGAA